AUGUCCAGCCCCGGUAAGGCAGAACUCAUUCAUGUGUUUAAGGGAAUUCCCUUUACCACUAGGUCAUCUCCAGAACUUUUAAAAUCCUUGGAUAAUUUUGAUGCUAGAGAAGAUGAUGUCCUUUUGGUUUCCUACCCAAAAUCUGGCACUCACUGGCUUGCAGGAGUUAUAACAAAGCUUUAUAAAACUCAAGUUACACUAACAUCCCCCAUUGAAUUUGGAGACACUUCCAAACUGGAGGAACUGGAUAAACUUUCAUCAAGGAGAAUCAUCCCAACACACUUAGACUACAACAUGCUACCUCAAAACUUUAAGAAGAAAAAAUGCAAGAUGAUCUACAUCAGCAGAAACCCCAAAGAUACUGCAGUUUCCAUGUAUCAUUACUACAGAGAUAAUCCAAACCUUCCCACUGUAGAUACCUGGACUGCUUUCUUUGACUUGUUCUUAGAUGGAGAUGUUGUCUGUGGAUCCUGGUUUGAUCAUUUCCUAAGUUGGGAAGAGCAUAAAAAUGAAAAUAAUAUCCUUUUUUUGUUCUAUGAAGACAUGAAGAAGGAUCUCCCUAAGAUUGUAAAGGACAUCGCUGUAUUCCUGGAUGUAAAAAUCAGUGAUCAUGAAAUCCAAGAUAUUUGCAAGAAGUCGUCAUUUUUGGAGAUGAAAACAAACACAGAAAAAGAAAAGAGUCACCCCAAUCAUACUGUUUGUGCACUUACUUCCAACACGAAGCUGGUUUUCCGAAAAGGUACAGUUGGUGACUGGAAGAAUUAUUUCACUCCAAAGCAGAACUUGAGAUUUGAGGAAAUAUUUAAUGAGAAAAUGAAACUGAGCAAUAUGGCAAAAGAUCUCAUCUACGAAUUCUGA